AUGUCCGAAGAUAGUAAACUGAACAGCAUUCUCGAACGAGCUGGUAUUCAUAUUGAUGAAUUGAAUAGACUGCGUCUACUCAACCCAGAAGUAUCCGAAGUGUUCGUCGAGCUCCAAACUGAUUGCAAAGAAUUUACUGGUCAGCUAACCGGAUUCAAAUCUCACGUUGAUUCUUUGCAGAAAACGAUGGAAGAGUUAGCAACCUUAGUUGAAGCAGAGAAACUAAAAGCUAUGAACACAAGGGCCGAGUUAAAAUCAGCAAGCCGUAAGAAUAUGGCAGAUUUUCAACAAACACAGAUAGUUAUUCGUGAACGGCAGGUGGAAUUGGAGAGAUUAAGGGCUGAAGCAGCAGCAAUAAGGCAAAUUGAACAAACGCAGAAAGAGUAUUUACAACAAAUAAUGGAGAAUUGA